CGGAGAGUCCCAUUGGGUCACACAGAGGACUCUGGCAGUGAUUCGUCCAGCUCCUCGGUGGUCUCCUCCAGCCUUGCCAAUGGCAGCGAGGAUUUGACCUGUCCAUCUCGGAAGCCGGCCCCCUGCCCGGAGGUGACAGGGGGAGGACCCAGCUCGGACAGAGGGAAGGAUGCUGUGGCAAAGAAGAAACGGAGAAUGGAAGACAAGAAGCCCUCCAAGGAAGUGAAGGAUAAUAAACAGUCAGUCAUUGUGGAACGGAGUCAGAGGAAUGAACGGCCGGUGGAAACAGACGAAAGGGAAAAGGAAAAGCCGAAAGGGAAAGGAUCAGCGAUAAAGAAGGACCCUUCUCGCCACAUUUCAGGGAGUCAGGAGGAGACAUGGAAUCUGCAGAUCGCGGAUAAAGGGCGCGUCGCGUGCCCCAACUGCAAAACCGUCAGUCGGAAAACUGUGGAGGGGCUGAAGAAACACAUGACAAACUGCAAAGUGGUGUGUGCAAUGGCAUGUGACACGAAUCCCUUCACAUGUCACCACUGUGGGAAACAACUGAAGUCUUCAACUGGCAUGAAGUACCACCUCAUGGCCGAUCACAAUAACCUGCCCAGCUCAGAGGAGGGGAAUAACGAAACAGACGGUCAGUUGGUGAAGGAGAAACUCAGGAAGGUGCUGAAAAGAAUGGGCAAAUUAAAAUGCUCAAAAGAGGGCUGCAGUGGCAGCUUCACCAGUGUCAUGGGCUACCUGUAUCACACCAGGAAGUGUGGAAAGGAGGAGGCAGAGCUGAAGAAGUUGCUGCUCAACUGCAGGCAUUGUGGGAAGGCCUACAAGUCCCGGGCGGGGCUAGAGUACCACCUCAAAUCUGAGCACGGCCCUACGCCCCCGAAGAGCGAUGACGAGGAGCCCAAGGCCCCCGCGGAGCCCAACCCGGAGCGGACCCCCAGCGGGCGGCUGAAGAGGACGUCGGCCCAGGUGGCGGUCUUCCACCUGCAGGAGAUCGCCAGCGAGGAGCUGUUGAAAGAGUGGCCCAAGAGGAAGGUGCAGCAGGACCUGGUCCCGGACGACAAGAAGCUGAAGUACGCACGACCAGGCCUGCCUGCCUUCAGUCAAGAGGUCCUCCGCAAAUGGAAAAAUGAAGUGAAGCUGCAGAGGAAAGUACAAUGUCCAAACCAGGGCUGCGAUUCAGUCUACACCAGUGUGUCUGGUCUGAAAGCUCACCUUGGACUCUGCUCAAGGGGUGACUUCGAAGCGGGAAAGUACAAAUGCCUGAUAUGUGAUAAAGAGUUCAGCUCUGAAAGUGGAGUGAAGUAUCACAUCAACUCCAUCCAUGCACAGGACUGGUUCAUUGUGAGCUCAAAAGCAUCCAAGAGCUUCGAUAAGCUGCUGAAGGCCAAGUCCAAGGGGGCCAAGGCCCAAGCCUGCCCCCCCCAGAGCCCGUCCCUCCGGUUCACCCCGGGGUUCAAGGGCUGGCGGGACAAGAAGCCUCGGGGCGGCGGGGGGCUGAUCUCCGUCCUGCGGGCCAAGCCGGGGCAGGAGGACAGGAAGCGCAGGGAGGAGAGGAAGCAGGGCGGCAGGGAGAAGGACUGCUACGACUUCAGCAGCAGCGACAGCAACAGCAGCAGCAGCAGCAGCAGCGCCAGCUCCAGCAGUGACUCCGAGGCCGAGGGCCCCGAGGCCCCGCGGCACGACAAGUGGGCCCUCAAGAGGCCCCUGGCCAGGAUCGACGGGGCCAAACGGGCCAAGAACACCUCCUAACUCCGUAACGCCCUGCCGCCUCCCCACCUUACCCCCGCCUUCUGCACUUUUCGUGAUGAGGCAAGCUUUUUUUAAUUUCACUUCAGUGUUCCCGUUUCAAGAAAGGGAAGUGUGGGUGGGUCGUCUUAAUCGCAGCACUAGUGUUUCGUUUGGUGAGAACCGAGGUGGCAAAGCCAGCAGUUUAACCUCCGUAUUUUGUGGAAUUAUUUUUGGUUACCAUUGUCUUCGGCUUCAGAGCGCCCAUCACCAGUAGUAGUAGCACUCAUACGUCACAUACUUCAUAAUGCGGCUGUACUGCCCUUGGUUUUUUGCAACAGCAUUAGAUCUUCUUCCUAUACAGUAUUCCCACAAAUGCAUUGUUGUUGAAGGAACAGGAAUUUUGGUUUCAAGACCAAAGGUUAUAGCACAACCUUGAUGUGUCCCUGUCACCGGAAUGCCUUCCUCCAAUUGGGUGCCAGAGAGAGGCUACAUUACAGUAUACUGUAGUGUAUAGGUAUAGGUACACCAAAUAAAAUCGACAUGUUUGUGAUCAUAUAUAUACGUAUAUGAUAGACUGGAGAAAUGUUUGGCACAUCGGAUAGUAUUGCAGAAUAACGUUGAGAACCAGCAGCUGACAGGGUCUAUAUACUGUAUUUCAAAGACAUGCAGAGGAACCAGAGGACUUCACACAAAAGGUUUUCUUGCUCAUGCUAUGAUUGUUCUCUUCUGCUUUAUAUUUAUUUUUUUUAUUUUUUUCAAGAAUGGGGUUAAGUUCCAGGCCAUGGAUGUGCCUGCCAUUCAGCCCCAAAUGUAUAUUGACUUGCACAUCACUGUUCAAAUUCCGGACUGGAUAUCAUGAAUGUCCUCUUUGUAUUUUGGGAAGGGAACUAGAAUUCAUGAACAAAACUUAAAGGAAAGUGGACUCUUCAAAUGUUUGUGUACAUCUGGCUAAUGUAUAGGUUAAUGUUUACAGUUCUAACCUAGUUUAUACAUGUUAACCACUUUGCCUUUUGUGUCACAGACGACAUCGCAUUUAUUAUUUUCUGUUCUGUACGUAUUUCCCCAGUUGCAUGCAAUGCUUGGCGCAUCCACUGGUGAUAUAUGUUUAAUUCAAAAUGUAAUGUGGUGGUUGUCGGUUUUCUUUCCGUAAUGCUGGAAUGACUGCACCUUCCCACUUUUGAAAUGUUAGCAAGUUUGGGAGUUCUUUAUUAAAAUGCAAAAUACCAAAAGGUGCUAAAGUUUUCUAUGCUUAAACUGCUUUUUUUAUUUGUACUAGUGUAAGAAACCCCCCAAAUACACCAAAAGGCGGAAGUAUCCGAGAGGUGAAGGAAACGCGUGUAGUCUGAGCAAUGCUACUGGAACAGGGUUCAUUUUAUUUUGUUCUCGUUUAUCUGACGCCAAAAGAUAAGUUCAACUGCUCCUCUGUUCUAACAGUUCAACAAAAGGAACUGCAAAUGUCCGCCAAUAGUGUACCCAGAGUUUACAGGAAAACAACAAAUCAUCAAAUAAAGAGUCACAAGAUGGCGGUAACAGUGGUCCUGCUGAUAUCUCUGUUUGUCCAACAAACCUGGUUAACAUUUGUAUUACAGCUGGAUGCUGACUCACAGGUAACUUGCAUUACCUGUGGUUUAUUCCUACAAGAUCUUUAUUCAGCAACCAGUGUACUACACCACCAAUGACACCAAACUAUUUCCCACAUCAUUAGCUAUCUAAAGACACCAAACACUGUAUGUGGAAAACCCAUGGUUUAUACAGUGCUAUUUCAACUCAUCAGUUCUGGGAGCAUUCCACUGAGAUGGCAGAAUUGCGCAGAGGCAGCACAAUGAUGGGAGCAAUAGUCCUGUAUUGACGAGCACUGUCUUUUCAUCCAACCUUGCUGACCCUGUGUCAACAUGGUCAACACAGUCUGUUUCCUUUUGGGGGUCUGUAGAGAGGCACACUUAUGUAAAAUGCCCUACACUAGUUAACACCAUUCACAACAGCAUACUUCACUAUCAGAAAGAGUUUGCAAAUCCAUUGACAAAAUGGUAUGGGAUAUCUAAAUAAAUCUUAAGCAGUGUAGUCAAGGUUUAAUCCUCUUCAAAAUGUUAUCCGAAACCGAUUUAAGACUGACGCUCAACUAAAUUGUUCCUUACAAAUUAAACUGCAGCAACACUGCAUUUUAACUUGAACUUUGUAUGUUUCACAUUUAAUUUAUUCUACAUUGUAUUUAUUUGCAGACAUAAUGUUUAAAAGUGAAACACUGUUUAACCAUAUGUUAGAGUUAGCAGGUCCUUUUAAUAUAUAAAGGAGUGUGCUGUAUAUGAGUAAUGUAACCAAAGCAAGCAGGAUGCAUGCACUUUUAACCCGUCGAAAUGAACUUGUGUCCUGUACUCAGCAACUGUGACCACUGAUGUCUGUGUGUGACAGAGCUGUCGCUUGGAGUGCCCUAGUUAUGUACUCUUCUCUUUUCAAAACUCCUGGGAGACUCCGCGUGAGGAUGAAGGUUGCGUAUGAAGGUUAUUUGUGCUUUGAUGUUUAAAUGUUUCACAAUAAUAAUGUGUCCAUUGUUUUGUUUUUGUUUUUUCUGUUUUUUUUUUGUAAGAAACGUAAAGGAUCAUUUUUGAGCACCUGAUAUAUGUAUGUAAUAUAUAUGUUAUUUUAGUGGCUAGCAUUAUUUAUAAUGAAAAGUCUGUUAUUGAUUAGGAUAGAGCACUAAUUGUAUACUUGCAUUACUUGUAUAUUUCUUAUUUGUAUUUUUCUUAUUUAGAAGUAUGUACCUUUAAAUUUUCUAGCUAGUGAAAUGGAAGACUAAUCACUGGAUUAAAAUGUUUAUGUACACACAAAA